UUAGAAGCAGAUACGGGUUACACUGCCCAUGGCAUAACGGCAACCACUGCACGGGGACACGUGGCUGCCAAGGAUAGCUGUAAUCCAAUACCAUCCUCCUAGGCAAAACCAGCAGGUGUGCUCAGUAGCAGAGAGAAAACCUGGGAAUUUGUCGGAUCAUGCAUUCAGGAGGCUGGAAUCGUAUCGAUCAGGUCCUGAAGAACUAACAGAUGACAACUAAUCAGACUACAACAGGGGGUUUUAUUGCACCCAGGCUGGAAUUAUCUCUAGGAUACCACUGGGCUGGACAAUGAACAACAGCAGUGAGUGCCAUGAUGAUCACACCCUGGAUAAGUAUUUGUUUCCAUUUGUGUACAGCAUUGUGAUGAUGAUCAGUGUUCCCAUCAACUGCAUAUCCCUCUAUGCAUCUUGCAUUCAGGUGAGGAAAAAGAAUGAGUUAGCAGUCUACAUCUUUAGCCUGUCCCUGGCUGACCUUUUGUACUCUUUGAUUCUGCCUCUGUGGAUUGAUUAUGCCUGGCAUGGAGAUGACUGGAGGCUCUCUGCCUUGCUUUGUAAGAUUUUUGCCUUCCUUACGUAUAUGAAUUUCUACACCAGCACUGCGUUCCUUGCUUGCAUCUCUCUCGACAGGUACCUGGCAUUAGUUCACCCCUUGAAGCUCCAGUACUUGCGCACAAGAAGGUUUUCAUUGAUUGUCAGCAUAAUUGUUUGGCUUCUGGAAAGCAUCUUUAAUUCAGUCAUACUGAUGAACAAAGAAGUAUUCAGUGAUCCUUGCAAUUUCACCAAUCAUACAUUAUGCUAUGAUAACUACCCCCUGGAAAGGUGGCAGGCAAACAUAAAUUUAUUCCGAAUAUGCUCAGGAUAUUUGGUCCCUUUGAUAAUCAUUGUGUUUUGCUACCAUAAAAUCUACCAAGUAGUGAGGUAUAACCAAGCCACAAUAGAUGAAGAAAAGAAAAGAGUGAGGAAACUUAUUCUGAACAUCACAGUUAGUUUCAUUGUUUGCUUCACUCCUUAUCAUGUUGCGUUGCUUAUCCGCAGCAUCAGAGAACCUUCCGCCUCUGAUCCACAUCUUUUGUUGUCGAUGUAUAAGGUUUACAGAAUCACACAGGCCUUAACGAGUUUGAACUGCAUUGCGGAUCCCAUUCUGUACUGCUUUGUGAGUGAAACUGCACGAACAGAAAUAGUGAAUUUGCUCAGGUGCUGCUUGUGCCUACGAAAGCGUGAGGAAGACCAAGUGAAAGAACGUGCUCUGUGCAGUUCUGCUACAAAAAACACUGCACUGAUCACCUACAGAACUUCCUGUGAAACACAGAGUGUCAAAAUUUCCUGAAUGAGCACAUGCAAAGGAAAACUGGAGAACCUAAAAGGAAAAGAAAGAAAAAUUCUUCUGCAGUCUGUACCUAGGAAAUGCCCCAAAAGUCAGAGAUACCAGUCUAAGCAAAACCAGUAGCUGGAGCUAAUUAGAACUUACGAUAGGGUCAAUGAAAUCAAUGGAGUAUCAACACACGUCUUUAAAUCGUGUAUGGUAUAUAAAUCAGUGACGACAAACAAACGCACAAUCAAGAAGGGUGGCUGUGACAUGCUGACAGAAUUACUGAGGAUCCCCCACAGAAUUGUCUCCUGUUGCAGCUUGCUAGCCAACCUGCUGCAAUGUACUAAGUGGUAAAUUUCUCUGUAAUUUCAUGGUGUUUUUUGUGCUGCUAUGGUGGUUCUUGUGUUUCAUUAGACUCAAAUUCUUCUUUAGCAUACCCCUAAGAUCAGACACUUCUUAAAAUUGUUUGCCUCCUCUGUAUGAGCACUUACCUGCCCUUAAGCUUUUUAUUUUCCCUUGAAAAAUAUAUGUUCUAAUGUAUAAUUGUAUGUUGCAGUUUCAUUACAAUACCAGUAUUGGUUUUCAGAUAGUUGAAGAGUCAUUAAUUCAAGUACCUCUAAAGAAGCAAAUUCUAGCCGCCAGUGUUUUAACUUGGAAACUUCUCCUGAUACAUGCGGGGGAGGAAGAGAAGAAUAGAAAAGUGAGAUUUCACAUCUCAGCAAUAUAAAGAGCCAGCCUUCAGACUUGCUUAUUAUGACUGAAAUCUGGAGUGUGGUUCCAUUUCCAGACUCAAUAGAGUAAGGUUUGCAUCAAUUUACUUAACUGCACAUGAAGGCCUCAGCUAGUGAUUCCAGGGCUCUCAGUUUGCCAGUUUUAAAAAAAUUUAACAAGCUAGCCAGCACUACUGGCAAACCAGCAAAGAACAUGAAUGUACCAACGAACAGUGAAAAUGGAUGCAAAAGAACCCACAUUUUGAAAGAGUUGAUGUUAGCACAAAUCAGAAGUGCAGCUGUUAAUUCAGGGACCAUGUGCAGGCCCCACAAACAGCUGUCUGAUCCCUGUCCCAUCCAGACACCCAACCCUCUGAUAAGAGUUAAAACGUUAUGAUAAGAGUUAAAACAUUACAUGUUUUUCUCCUCUCACAACCUUUUCACUUUUGCUCAAUUCCCAGGAAAA